AGUUAUCUCCCCUUUUAUUUACAUCCGGGAAACUUGUCUCCAAGCAAUCUGAAACAUUCCAGCAUUUCGGCGGAGUUUUUCUGCCUCUUGCAUCAAAAUGAGUCGAGGGACGAACAGUAUAUUAAGUGAAAUAGAAUGGGAUGAAGGGCUAAGUAUGCCAGUCGCUAAUGCCGACAAUAAGGCAUUAGAAGACAAGGUACAAGUCAAGCAAAGAAAUAUUGUAGCCUUCACAAAUGAACUUGAAGAGAUUGAGGAUCGUGUGCAUGCUAUGUCUGAACAUCUCAAAAAUGUUAGACAAGAGCUUACACAUACACAGGGCCUCGUUGGUGCCAGAAAGAAAGAGAUUGAAACUGAAGAUCAUCUCCUAAGAAUUGCUGAGCGUGAAGAAGGUAGACUGAAACAGGAAAUACAGAAACUUAGUAAAGAAGUGGAAGAAUUGAAGGAAAAGAAAAAUAUGUUUGAGAACAAUAUCUUCAAACAAACACAGAAGUUAGAAGAGAUGAAAUCCCAGAUGAACUGGGACCAACAAGCUUUGGAGGCAUGGUUAGAAGAAUCUGCUCGUAAAGAUGAGGAUUCAAUGGCCAUACAGAAAUAUACCAGACAUGAUGAGAGUAAAAUAAAGGAACUGUCCUUAAGAAUGGAAAGAUUAACAGAUGAAAAUCACAGCAAAAGAAAAGUUCUAGACCAUGAGACAACACAAACACUUACUGCCCAGAUAGAACUUGACAAAACAGCUGAAGACUUUAGGACUGCUCACCAGGAAAGACAAGAAAUUAUUCAGCAAUGGGAAAAUACCUUAGAACAGAUGCAAAGACGUGACAAAGAAAUGGAUUUGUUAGCAGCUCAACUAGCCAGAGUUAAAGGUGAAGUAAGAAAGAGGGAGGAAGCAAUAAAAGAAAAACAACAGUUUCUUGAGAAUGAAUUAGAGAAUAAUAGAGAACAGGAGAAGAAGAUCUCCAUAGCUGAGAGAAUAGCAGCAAAGACGAGGAUUGAUCUGCAGGAGGCUGAGACACAGAGAAUACAGUUUAGUGAUGAGUUAGAUGCAUUGAAGAGAACAGUUGAUCGUACUGCCACUGAUCUCGAGGUUACAAGGUCACAGGUAUCUCAGUUAAAGAAAGAUGUUGGAGACAAAACUGUCAAGCUACAACAAGCAAAAGAAUUAAGAGAAACACUUAUAGAAAAAUUAAAAAUAGCUACUGAAUCCACCCUGAGUGCUGAAGAAAGAGCUGCUCGUAUGGAUGAGAUGUUACAAGAGGAAGAAAAAAGACAACAUGCCAUUGAUGCUGAAUUAAAACAUUUACGGGAUCUUCAGUUUAGAAAGACCGAAGAACUUCAUUCUUGUAAAGUGAAAGAGAGAAACACAGAAGCUGAAAUUCAGGGAAGUCAAGCAGCUGUCAAAAACCUCAACAGUAAAGUUGGCAAACUAGACACAGAUUCAUUGAAACAACAAGAAAUCAUUUACAAUCAAGAUUUUGCUGUACAGCAGUUAGAAAGACGAAUUAACAGGUUGAAAGGGGAGAGAAGCAAUGAAGAAAAAGUGGCACUAGAACAAAAAAUAAAAGAAUUUACAGAAGACCUAGAACAAAAACAAAAUACUCACACGCUCUUAACUUUGCAACUCAAAAGACUACAGGAUGACAUUAGAAGAGUAAGAAGGGAACUUGAGAAGAGUGGAGCAGAAAAGGGAGACCUGACCAGUAAGAUCGAAGAAUUAAACUUAUACAAUGAUAGCUCAGAGAGGGAACUGAAGACUAUAAUUCAUGAUAAACAGGAUUUGAUGGUUGACCAAAACAUUCUUAAACUAGAAUUGAAAAGAAUCAGGGAAAAUCUAAAUGAUAGAUCUGAUGAUGUCCUUAGUCAAGAGAAACGUAGACUCCAGCUUGGAACUGCCAUGAAAGAGAGAAGACAAGAAAUAACAAUUCACAAAGAAAUGUUACAAGCUCAGUACAAAGCUGCAGAUGAAGAAAGACAACAAAUCAGUGCUGAGUUACAUGAAAGGAUCUCUAAAAUUGAUAAACUGAGGAAACGAUAUGAAAUAUUGAUGAUAUCCAUGGCUCCACCAGAGGGAGAAGAGGAGAGAUCUCAAGCUUAUUAUGUCAUAAAGGCUGCUCAAGAAAAGGAAGAAUUACAAAGAGAAGGUGAUGAUUUAGAUGCUAGAAUCAGGAAGGCUGAGCAGGAGAUCAGAGCACUUGAGAAUACACUCAAAUUGAUGAAUAAAAGAAAUGAAACAUACAGAAAAAGCUUUAACAAAGUCACAGAAACAAGUGAUGAAAUGGAGGAGAAACAACAAUUAGAAGAACAAAUGAGGGCCGUUAUGGAUAAAUACAAAUAUAAACGACGUCAAAUCAGAGAACUCCAGGAAGAUCUUAAGACAAUGAGUAACACAUUAGACAAUCUAUGCAGAGACCAGGAUGCUUAUGAAGAUAUGAUUGACGAAAAAAGAAACAAAGUUGCACAGCUUGAGAAAGAAAUGGAAGACCAAAGAGGUAAACUGGAAAGAGUAGCAAAAUCUAACUCCAGAUAUGCAAGAGAACUAAGAUCUGCAAAGAAAUCAAAAGGAGAAACACCAGAGGAGAAAGAUUUCAAUGUACGAGAAAUGAGAGAAUUCAACAAAAACAUAAUGUCCCAAGUUGGAUCAGUGGUAUCACAACAUCCAGAUAUUGCAGAGGCUGUCAACAUGUAUUUUUCACAGGCUAACUUACCUCCCCCUACACCAAGCGGUGGACGAGCCCUUGGUAGUUCCCGAAGCAGCUUGGGAUCUGGUCGUAGCAGUGUAGGAAGUAUAAAAACGCCACCAAGUGUCAGUGGCAGACCAACACCUGUCCAGAUUGGUGCUGACUUUGGUGGAGUUCGUUCCCCAGCUAGUUCUCGUAGCUCCAGUUCUAUGAGCAGUGUAAGAAGUGGUCAAGGAAGAUCUGGACGCUAGUCAUGUCCAGUUGUGACUGGUCUGUUUCCGUCCUCAAGUGUGUCUUUCAGCUGUGAUAAAAACAUUUAUGAAUUUUGAUAGUUUUAUUAUAAAACUUGACAAUAAAAUAGAACAAAUUGAAACUUAAGUAGAAAUUGCUUACUGAAUUGCAUAAAACUUGAGAAUGUUUUCUAUGUUUUUUUAAGAUACUGCUCUAAUAUUACUACAGUAUUUAUCAGGUAAAAUAAAAUGCAGGUUGUAAGUUGUUAUUAUGUGUUGAUCUUUCUAACUAUAAGAUUUUUCCUAGGACUUAGGAUUUAUGUAUGAAAUUUUAACUGUCUCAAUAAAAGCAGGAUCUUUUGAAUUUCAACCUCGAUACAAAUUAUAAUGGAAGUAUUCAUGUUAUAUCUUCCAGUGUAAUAAUCAGAUUUUUUUUAUGGAUAUGAAUAAAGAACUGUGAUAACGUUCAACUUUACAUAGGGAAUACAUGAAUACAUUGAUGAGUUAUGACUAAUUCCCCUGUAUCAAUUAUCUUAUUAUUUUUGUCAGUUUCUGUAGUGAAUGUAUCACUUUUUUUCUCUGCAAGAACUUAACAUUCCAUGUUUUUUUAAUUUAUUUAUACUUUCACGAUUACUUUAUUGUACAUACUCUAUAAUUAUAUAUAUAUAUAUACAAAUACUUUACAUGAAAUAUUUGAAGUAAAAUUGAUUAAAAUGAACAUGAAAAUAUA